UUAAAUGAAUCUUGGAAACCACUGACCAACGUUGGAAAACACCGCCAUAUCAAUGCACUUUAUUUUUUGAAAGGGUUGUUGCCCGACACGCUCUAUUACAUUCGAGCAUUUUUGCCUCAUCUAGGCAACUACACGGCGAUAACAGAGGGUAGGACUUGUCCAACUGUACCCCCGCCUGUUGCAGCAUUGAGGGAGGGCGGCGCAGGACCUGGUUGGUUGGAUGUUCGCACGAAACGCUACGACGUUGACGAGCAUGAGGAGGGGGAACCUAUGAGAAUUAUCCUGCUGGCGGACUCCGAAGUGGCAGAAAGCCUUGUCAAUGUGAGCGCGAAGAGAAGCACUGAGCAGACCAAGGCACAAGCUCGGCAUGCGAGCGACUUAAUGCUCCAAGACGUUGUGCUACCCCUUUGGAUCUUAGUGUUGGUGGGAGGAAUGUCUUCCAUCCUUCUGCUCAUUGCCAUUGCUUACCUCUGCGCGAGGACUCAGUUCUGUAUA